GCGUGGGGCCUCGGGGCGGGCGGCCAGUACACCCAGGCCGAAUUCGACCGGUUCGAGGCCUGGGUCGCGUCGUGCCUCGCCUUCCUCGCGCGCUCCGGCGACGAGGGCUACGUGCCGGACUCGCUGCACCCCGUCUUCGAGUGCCUCAAGGACCACGACGGCGUCCGGCCGGCGACGGUCGAGGAGCUCAAGGAGAAGGUCAUGUACCCCAAAGACAAGUCGCGCGAGAUGCUGUGCAUGGCCGUUUUCACGGACGUGCCUCUUUCUUUACGGGGCACAAACGCACACGUCGUGCCUCUCUGCAAGGCGCUCGCGGCGUUGGGCGUGCCGUAUUUCCCGUCCGCCGGCGACGGCGGCUAUGUUCUCGAUUUGUCGGACCACUAUGACAUGGAGGGCGGCAUCGGGCUGCUGCGGGAGCUCGGCUGGAAAGGCCCGCUGGACUCGAAAAGACUGCAGAAGGAGAGAAACAAGGCCGAGGGCUCGGAUUCCAGGAAGAAAUUGGCAGCUGUUGCGGACGUCAAGCACCAAAAAGCGGUGGCGCGGAACCUGGACGGGAAGCGCGCCGGGAUAGACGGGAUCGAGGGCACGGAGACGCAGACCGAAGACGCGUUGCUCAAGGCGCUCAAGAACAUGUACCACACGUUCAACGAGGUGCGGGCCGGCCGGUCCGCCGACCUCACCAACAAGGAGCUCCUGCAGCUCGCGGCGGCCUACUCGAGCCCGCCGACGGGCACGGUAUGCUGCCGCGUGUGCGGCUGCGACGUCACUCUGCGGGGGGUGGGAUACAGGGUACACGAGCACUACAAGCGCUACGACGAGGAGGCGAAACUGUGGCGCUACUACAUGCUCGACGCCCCUUGCUGCACCCCCUGCAACCUCGGCGUCAUCGCCGCCGUGCGGCGCUUUGGGUUUCACGAGCUGUCGUUCGUGGAGUCCAAGGCGCGGACCAGGGCCAUGCUGGAAGACGUCUGCGACUCGCGCGCGGGCAAUUACUUCGUAGCCUAA